AUGCACGCAGUGGCUGUGUGCUUCUAUAGACACAUCAGUAUCCUCCCCCAGAACAAGGAAAAACAGGAACGGAGAAUUGCUUUUGGACCGGCGGUGGUGACAAGUGGUGGUGACAGUCGCUUGGAGGAGAGAGAGGCGGAGCUGAAGAAGGAAUACAACGCCCUCCACCAGCGACAUUCCGAGAUGAUACAUAAUUACAUGGAACAUUUGGAACGCACCAAACUGCAGCAGCUGAUGUCGUCGGACCAACUGGAAUCUACCAUGCAAAACAGAAUUAGGAAGGAGCGCCCCAUCUCUCUGGGUAUCUUUCCGCUGUCUACCGGAGACUCUCUGGUGUUACCGGACUCCCGCGGUGCAGAGAACCCCGGCAAUGGGCCCUGGAAGGUGCCGGAACAGAACCACGCGCGCUGCAACACCAGCUUAAAGGAUGAGCUGAUGACUCUCAGCCAAACGGCGAGCAAAAGCGGGAGCUCGGAAGCCGACAACAUGGUGCGCGCGACGUCCAAAGAUCAGAAGGAGGAGGGGAUCAUGAGGGCCAACCUCCAGAAUAACAACGUGCAGCGGAAUAAGAAGAACGAGGACGUCCAGGUCAGCCAAGAGACGUCGUCCGCUUCUACAGACACCAAUGACAACGAGGAGAAGUCGGAGGUGCAGUCUAUUAUCGAGUCCACCCCAGAGCUGGACAUGGACAAGGAUCCCAAAGCCUAUCACAUGACCAGUACCCCCACCAAAGGCAUCGAGAAUAAAGCCUUCGACCGCAACACUGACUCCCUGUUCGAGGAGCUGUCUUCAGCGGGGACGGACCUCAUCGGAGACGUGGAUGAAGGGGCCGACCUGUUAGGAAUGGGGCGAGAGGUGGAGAAUCUUAUCCUGGAGAACACGCAGCUUCUGGAAACAAAGAACGCCCUGAAUGUGGUGAAGAACGACCUGAUCGCCAAGCUGGAUGAGCUGAUGUGCGAGAAGGACGUCUUGCAGGGCGAGCUGGCCUCCAUCAAACAGACCAAACAGAAGAUGGAGGAGAAGAACAAGGAGCUGGAGGAGGAGCUGAAAAAGGCGAGGGCAGAAGCCGAGGAGGCGAGGCAGAAAUCCAAAGAUGAAGAAGAUAGCGACGUGCCGACGGCCCAGCGGAAGCGGUUCACACGGGUGGAGAUGGCGCGGGUUCUAAUGGAGAGGAAUCAGUAUAAGGAGAGACUGAUGGAGCUGCAGGAGGCCGUCCGCUGGACGGAAAUGAUCAGAGCAUCCAGAGAGAAUCCGGCCAUGCAGGAGAAGAAGAGGUCCAGCAUCUGGCAGUUUUUCAGCCGCCUGUUCAACUCUUCUGGCACUGCUUCUAGGAAACCCGACCUGCCUGUCAACGUCCGGUACAACGCCCCGACCUCGCACAUCACCCCCUCCAUCAAGAAGAAGAGCAGUGCCUUAGCCAAACUCCCCAGUGACAAGUCCAAAGCCUUCGACUUCCUCAGUGACGACACCGAAGCGACUCUGGCCUCCCGGAGGGAACAGAAGAGGGAGCAGUACCGCCAGGUGAAAGCCCACGUCCAGAAGGAAGAUGGCCGCAUUCAGGCCUUCGGCUGGAGUCUUCCUCAGAAGUAUAAGCCGGUGUGUAUGAUGCGAAUCCUUUUCACGCGUCUGCGUCCAAUCUCUGGAGCAUGUUCAGUGUUUUUCAUUCCACUUUUUUUUUUUUUUUUAAAGAAUCUGCCGGUUCCAGUCUACCUGCGGCCGCUGGAUGAGAAAGAUACUUCCAUGAAGCUGUGGUGUGCGGUCGGUGUCAAUCUGUCUGGCGGGAAGACCAGAGAUGGCGGCUCGAUUAUCGGAGCCAGCGUCUUCUAUAGCGACCUCCCGGGCUCCGAGGCGGGUGACCAGAAGACGCGCAUUUGCUGCCAUCCCCCGUCCUUACCCCUCUACAGUGUGCUGCCAUCCCCCGUCCUUACCCCUGAACACAGUGCUGUGCUCACCCUCUUCGCUUCUUGGGUCCAGCAAAAAGAGUUAAGGCACCAAGAUGAGUUGUCCAGCCUGGUGUGGAUCUGCACCAGCACACAUUCCUCCACCAAGGUCAUCAUCGUUGACGCCAACGAACCCGGAAAGGUGUUGGAUACUUUCAUAGUUUGCAACUCCCAUGUACUAUGCAUCUCCAGUGUACCAGGAGUUAUGGAGACGGACUACCCCACAGGAGACGCCACUAAAAUGGAUACGGAUGCUGCGCAGGCGGACAAAACUUCCUUAUCGGAGAGUCUGGUCAGCAGCACAUCUUCCUCGGAGCAGCCAGUGGGGGGCGUCAGAGUUACAGUUGCCUCCGUAGAGGAAUCCGAGCCCCCUUCACCACAAACCGCCAGUGUUAUUUCCACUGAGGCAGAGUGCAAUCCAGAUCCGGACUCUGGCAAUGCUGAAUUGGACGACAACGUGCCCACGGCGGAGGAAGCUACGGAGGCCACAGAAGUGGGAGACGGCACCACAGACGACGUGGCCGAUAUUCAGGCCGGCAUCUAUACAGAACACGUUUUCACCGACCCGCUGGGUGUACAGAACACGACUGACGACUCUGGCUGCCAGCCCAGGUGAGGGUCACCCGUAUUAUCCACACAUCACAUCAAUGUUUUGUUGGACGCUAAGGACCUGAUGAGAGAGGAAGCCCAGAAGAUGAACAGCCUGCUGCCGACCAUGUGGCUGGGAGCGCAGAACGGACACCUCUACGUACACUCGUCUGUCGCCCAAUGGAAGAAGUGUCUGCUCCAAAUUAAGCUGAAAGAUUCCAUCCUCAGUAUUGUCCAUGUGAAGGGGAUUGUGUUGGUGGCGCUGGCUGACGGGACUCUGGCGAUCUUCCAUCGAGGAGUUGAUGGCCAAUGGGAUCUUUCCAACUAUCACCUCCUCGAUUUUGGCCGUCCUCACCACUCGAUCCGAUGCAUGACGGUGGUCCAUGACAAGGUUUGGUGCGGAUACAGGAACAAAAUCUACAUUGUGAAUCCAAAGACGAUGAAGAUCGAGAAAUCUUUUGAUGCCCAUCCGAGGAAGGAGAGCCAGGUGAGGCAGCUGGCGUGGAUCGGCGAUGGGGUUUGGGUUUCCAUCCGGCUCGAUUCAACGCUACGGUUGUACCAUGCACACACCUACCAACAUCUGCAGGACGUGGACAUUGAGCCCUACGUUAGCAAAAUGCUGGGCACCGGAAAGCUCGGGUUCUCCUUCGUUAGGAUAACGGCCCUGAUGGUGUCCUGCAACCGGCUGUGGGUCGGGACCGGGAACGGCGUCAUCAUCUCCAUCCCCCUGACGGAAACCAUUAUACUGCACCAGGGCCGGUUACUUGGGUUGAGGGGUAAGUGCCGACACAGUCAACAAGCCCUCCUCCCUCCCCAGGCUUUACUUCUUAGUAGCCACGGCUGUGUAGAUUCACCCCCCCCCCCCCUUUGUAUGUGUCUUCUCCGGAAGCCCUUGGCUGUAGUCUCUCUUGUAUUACUAAACGGCUGGACGGAUCGGCCUCCUCCUCCUCCUCCUCGUGUGUCGCAGCUAAUCUUUACAGCCGCACCCUCUGCGCUGGUCACCGCAUCAUAUCAUCCGCUCCGGAGCUUCUCCUUCCCACGCAAUGCUCUCCUCUCUCUCUCCCGGACCUGUCUGUCCUUCCGCGGCCUUCUCAUGCCAAAUGGAUGUGUCUUGAGUCAUCCACAUGGAGCGCGCAGCAGAGCCAAGGUUACGACUAGGAAGAGAAGCUGCGUGACGCAAAGGCAGAGGAAUGGGGAAGUGAAGCGGCAGAGAGAUCUGAACUCUGAUCUUCCUCUUCGGCACCAAUACCAUGCUGUGGCCCUUAUAGAUGAGGCCAGCGCUGAAGGGAGCCAGGAGCAGCUGGGUCAGGUGAUUUGCCCGUCCAGUGGUGGCACGCCGGAUUCAGUCGGGGAUAAAAGUGCCGCUGCGCAACAGGAGCUGAGUAACCCGCCUCAAAAGUCCAUGUUGGUGAUGAGCGGAGGAGAGGGGUACAUCGAUUUUAGGAUGGGUGAUGACGGAACGGAUUCUGGACAUUUAGAUGAGUCUCUGCCUUUCGAUCCUUCCAUGACUAAAGUGGAGAGGAGCCACCUCAUCGUCUGGCAGGUCAUGUGCAGCGACGGCGAGUGAAGGACGCCGGGACGCGGAAGGACAUUUUUUUAUAUAUUUUUUUUGCAUGAUGUAUUUUUCCAUCUUUUUUUUUUUUUCUACUCCUGAAAUAUUUUAUCGAAUAUUUUAACAUUUUGGACUCUCUGUAUAUAAACGACCUUCACAAAGCUAACGCAAUGCGUCGUUUCUGGCGCAG